AUGGACCACAGCGUGAAGGCGAUGACGUCGCCGCGCGUCCUAGCGCGCCUCCUUAACCCGCACCGCUUCGAGAACGACGAGCUCGAGCAACUGUACCAGCGGUACAUCUGCAAGCUGCAGCACUCGAGCGUGGCGGCCGUGGUCGCCCUCUUCGUCCUGCUCACCUUUCUCAUGGCCAACUUGGGACUGGUGUUCACGCAGACGCCCACCGCGCAGAACGUCUACCACGCCGCGCAUUGUUUUCUUUUUGCGCUUUUGCUCGGGUUUUUGCACACCAGGUUCAUGCAGGACGCGUACCUGUUAUGGGUGUGCUACGUGGUGCUGUUCUUUUUGGCAACAUUUUGCGCCCUAGCGCUGCCCCUGUAUCCUGGCGGGGCGGGCGCCAAGGUUUCCGCCGAGGGCACCUGGCAAGUGGUUUUCGUCGUGUUCCUGGCCUACGCGAUGAUGCCACUGAAAUCGUGGGUGGCCGCCCUUUUCGGAACGGCGCUGGCGGCUGCCCACGUCGCCGUCUCGUCGGUGUUCGCCACCGACUUUCCUCAUCUUAGGUGGGAACAGUUAAUAGCAAACGUGUUGGUGUUUGUUUGCGUAAAUGUGGUCGGAAUUUUCAUGCACAACCUGAUGGAACACGCGCAAAGAAAGGCCUUUUUGGACACUAGAAACUGCAUUGCCGCCAGAUUAGAAAUGGAGGACGAAAACGAAAAAUUAGAAAGACUUCUUUUGUCAGUCUUGCCACAACACGUCGCCAUGGAAAUGAAAAACGACAUCAUCUCGCCGGUCGAGGGCCAAUUUCAUAAGAUUUAUAUACAGAAACAUGAAAAUGUCAGCAUUUUGUUUGCAGACAUCGUUGGAUUUACUGUACUUGCGUCUCAGUGCACUGCCCAAGAACUUGUUCGAUUACUAAACGAACUUUUUGGUAGAUUUGAUCAGCUAGCCAAUGACAACCACUGUCUGCGCAUUAAAAUCCUGGGCGACUGCUACUAUUGCGUGUCGGGGCUGCCGGAAGCGCGAUCAGAGCACGCAAAUUGCUGCGUCGAGAUGGGUCUCGACAUGAUCGACGCUAUCGCCAGCGUCGUCGAGGCAACUGAUGUGCAGUUGAACAUGCGCGUGGGCAUCCAUUCGGGGCGAGUGCUGUGUGGCGUGCUAGGAUUGAGGAAGUGGCAGUACGACGUUUGGUCCAACGAUGUGACGUUGGCCAAUAAUAUGGAGGCUGGCGGGGAACCAGGGAGAGUUCACAUAACUCAGGCAACCCUGGACUACCUAGGCGGUGAAUACGAAGUAGAACCUGGUAAUGGUGCGUCCAGAAAUCAAUACCUAAGAGAUCAUUGCGUUACCACUUACUUCAUUGUGCCACCAGCCAGGAGAAGAAAGCCACUGUUGUUCAACACGCUUCAGGUGCGGUCGGCGUUGGGCGCCGCGCAGCGCAGGAAGCUCAGCUUCAAGAACGUCUCCAACGUGGUGGUGCAGCUGCUGCACUCGAUCAAGUACUCCAUGGAGGUUCCCUUCAGCAACAUCGCGCUGCAGACGGAGAUGAAGACUGCAAACGCGAGAAAGGUGCUAGAACUGCAGCGAGUGCUCCAUGCAGAAAUUUCACGCCCUCAAGAACUGACCACAACAACCAUCACCACUCCUUACCCCGAUAACGUGGCCAAUAAUAAGGUAACAGAGAAAUUCAAAAGGCCGUUUAAAAAACGCCACUCCAGCGUUUAUCACCAACCUUCGAACAGAGUCAACAAAUAUUUGGCGCAGGCCAUCGAGGCGAGAAGUGUGGACAGGGAGAAAUCCACUCAUGUAAAUUUGUUCACGCUGUGUUUUAAAGAUAGCAACAAAGAGAAUCAGUACCAUGACGAUUUGGAUGUUGGCUACAGCUCAGCGUUAGCCUGCGCACUCAUCCUGCUAGUACUGUUGGGUAGUUUGCAGGCAGCAGUGCUUCCAAGGACGUUAAUCCUGUUGCUAUUAUUUUUAACGGCUUUUAUUUGGAUUUCCGUGGUCCUCAUGUUGCUCUUAGCAGUGCGCCUGCGCUGGAUUAUCUGGGACAUUUCGCACAGUUUCAUACUUAGGUUGGCAAUUACUGUGUUUACUAUUGUUCUGAUCUACACUGUCGCUCAAGUCAAUGUGUUUACUUGUAAAUCAGACCUACACUGCGCAAGUCACUCUACGGCAAACGUAACGUUGGACAUUGGAAAUGUUAUGGAGAGGGAUCACAGAGCCUGCCCAUUGCCUCAGUACAUUGUUUUGUCAUGCGCACUGGGUUAUUUAGCUGUUGCCAUAUUUCUGCGACUGCCCAUACUGCUGAAAGCUUCGUUGCUUGUCAUCAUGUCCACCGUAUAUGUUUUGUUUAUCGAGCUGUCGCACAUUGACUUGUUUUUGUGUUAUGACAAAAGAGUAACGUCUGUGAUACCGAACCAUAUAGUGAGCGUAGUCCAGGUCCUGAUGUUCGUCCUUGCCGUGCUUUUGCACGGCAGACAGGUGGAAUGGACUGCACGUCUGGAUUUUCUAUGGCAGAUCCAGGCCAACGAAGAGAAACGUGAAAUGGAUGCUCUGCAGCAUUCCAACAAAAGGAUCCUAUUUAAUCUUUUGCCCGCCCAUGUUGCCACACAUUUCUUGGACAACCAAUUUCGAAAUAAUAUGAACACGCUAUCCCAAGAGCUGUACCACCAAAGCUACUCGCGCGUGGGGGUGGUGUUCGCCUCUAUCACGAACUAUCACGAGUUCUACACGGAAUUGGACGGGAACAAUCAAGGCGUCGAGUGCCUGAGGCUCCUUAACGAGAUCAUAGCCGACUUUGACGACCUUUUAGACGAAGAAAGGUUCAAGGCGAUCGACAAGAUAAAAACGGUUGGUUCCACGUAUAUGGCAGCGGUUGGGCUUAUGCCCGAUCUGAGAAUUAUAGAUGAAGAUGAGACUACGGCUGGGAUUCAUUUAAGCACGCUUGUCGAGUUUGUGUUCGCCAUGAGGGACAGAUUGUUGAAUAUUAACGAGAAUUCCUAUAAUAAUUUUAUGCUAAGAGUUGGAAUAAACAUAGGGCCUGUAGUGGCAGGCGUGAUUGGUGCCCGAAAGCCUCAGUACGACAUAUGGGGCAACACCGUGAACGUAGCGAGCCGAAUGGACUCGACGGGGUUGCCGAACCACACGCAGGUCACCGAGGAGGUGUUCCACGUGCUGCGAACGUACCCGUACGAGUUCCAGUGCCGCGGCAAGGUGAAAGUGAAGGGCAAGGGCGACAUGACGACGUACUUUUUAAUCGACCGGAAACAGCCGGGCACUCUACGGGUCGAGGAACUGAAUAGCAUUAGAACGAACUCGAAUUUAAGCAACGCGAAUAACAUGUACGGCGGGGUUGCCACGCCUUUAGCCUUACUUCAUCACGGCGACGUCACCGGCAGGCCCAAGCACAUGAUGCCGAACCGCUCCAACUCGAGGGACGACAGCUACGGGGCCGGUAUCAGGAACCCGCUCAGGUUGCCGCCGCUACGCGAGACCGGUCCCAGAGACCAUGCGGUCAAUGGCUGUGAAAACGAACCCCUGUUGCCAAAUAUGCAGUGCAAAGCAAAUUGUUUUAAUACAAGAAGUGGUAAGAAACCUCCUCAAGAAGAGAACCUACCUCCCCCGCCUUUACCCCCGCAUAAAAACAUCUUCUCCCAAAAUAACUGGCAGGCCCAGGAAAUGAAGUACAAUCCACCCUGGCCAAGAGGUCCUAGCCCUUACACGUCAAUCAACGCCAAUCCCUUAGAUAACAUGAAGCCUUACUUAAAGCCUUUGCCAAAACCACCAGGUAAAGAAUCUCCCAACAGACAUCAUAGAAAGCAAAAUUCGGGUCCAAUUCCUCCGCCACAUCAAAGUUUUGUGCAAAUAUCACAGCAAAGAGUUCCAGAGACAGAGUUAAUUAAGAAUAAUAAGAUUCAAACGAGGCAUAAUCCGUUGGCGAACAGGCAUAGUCCUUUACAUUCUAGAAAUAGCCCACAUCACAACAGACACAGUCCACUGCAAAGGCACUAUUCUGACGAAAGCCUGGGCGGCUUAUACAGCAGCGGCGUACCUCAACGCAUACACUCCUCCGCCGACGAAAUUAGUUCCCUAAACCACUCGCCGAGCAUAAGUAGUUCAGAUGAGAGCUACAGCCGCACCACAGACGCAGACGCAUCACCCUGUGUCUCUCCUCCUCUGCCCACAGACACACAACAAUUCUUAUUCCCCUCGGACAUUCAAGUUAACCCCCUCUCUUCCCCCGAGGUCUCCCCCAGAGCCUCUCUUGACUACAUACCUCCCAAUUGCUCUCUAAGAAACAGUUCGAGUGAUAGAGCGGGUGGAAAAAGAAACAACCUACCCCCGAAUGCAGUCUUAGCUUUAGCAGCCACCUGCAACACCGUUGAUUCGUCAAUUAUAACAAGCCCCCCGGUUUUAGGCGGCGACGAAAGUUACCGAGGUGACAGCUGCACCAGCUUCGAGUUCGUCAGCAAAAAGAAACCUACCUCACUGUUGCGCGCGGCCAGCGCCAACGGACAAGUUCCUAAAUCCGCCUUCAUCAAGCAGAAGAGUCUCGAUAAGCAUGCGAGGAACGAUAGCGACUCGAUUUUGGAGUGCAACAAGUUAUCUUCGAAUUGCAAGAGAUCGCCCAGCUUUAAGGAGGCGGAAGAAAUUCGCGAGUUGCUCAGAGAGGAUGAUACGAAAACUUCGAUAUGCAGCGAUAAGAGUUUGAAGAAGGACGGGUCCUGUCAAACGGAUAAGAAGGAUUUGAGAAGGCUGAAGAUGUCGCCAUCUGGGUUUAGGGAUAAGAUUUCACCAAAUGCGAAAGUAAACAAUACAGAUAACUGCGACAACGCGAUAGCGUUCGAGCGCGAAAUCCAAAAGCUGCUGGACGAGCAGAACCUGCUGCAGAACAUACCUCCCAAGUACGAGCUGACGCAGCAGAACAAAGACCUCGCGCUCGGGCCGCUCGUAAGGUACGCGCAAACGCACCCCGCGGUGGCGGUCGCGAACAACAACCACCAGGUGGGGCUGGCCGCGAUCCAGGCGCUGGCGCUGGGUCUGCGCGUCAACCCGGCCGCAGGCAGCGUGACGUUGCAGUGCAUGUCGCCCCCGAGGGCAAGCAGCAGGGAGGGCUCGCUUAAGAGGGGCGCGGAGUCGCCGCCCGAGCUGCGCGUAACGCUUGACGCGCAGCCGCACAAGCAGCCCAAAGUGUCGCCUCUCGACAGAUCUGUUAGGUCUACUGAAGAGCAAGAUUUUGACUGUGAUAUGCGAGUGCAAAAAAAUGACGACGAUACCGAUAUUGAAAGUUUUGAAAGGGAAGAACAGAGAAUGCUCGAAGAAGCCGCUCAGGAGGAAGAGGUUAAAAGACUGUUAGAGGAAAAGGUUCAAGAGAAACUAAAAAAUCUGGAAAACGUUUUUCUGGAGAACCAACACCACGCUGAAGGCAGCAUAUCAGAGUGGUCGGAAGACGAAGAUGGAGGCGCCUCUGAGCCUUUACUCAAUGAUAGGGAGUCCACUGGAUACACAACUGACGAUCCAGCAUUGGAAAAUAUUUCUAUGUUAAAUGAGACUGGACUUACUGACGCUGAAGGCGCUCUAAGUGACGUUAACUCCGCCUACAACGACCAGAAUCACGACGCCGACAUGGACGACAACACGAGCAUGUCGUCUCGCGCCUCGUCGCGCAUCUUCGACUCGGACGCGAUGAUGUCGCUGGACUCGCUCAGCGCGCUCUACGAUUCCGAGUACGACAACUGCUACCGCACCGACGACGACCUCAACGCCGUGCCCGAUCUGGACGGCCUCAACUAUUUUUCGGUGCCCGUCAACGACGUGCACCUGCAAAACAUUCGCACCAUGAGCGAGAGCAUCACGAGGAACUUCGGCCAGCCGAGGAGCGAGACCGAUCCCGACAGCGACGUGUAG